AGGGCCAAAAGGGGGCCAGAAGGGAGGGCGGUCGAAAGCCAUGUGAUUGAUCCUUCCUUCCUUUUCGCGGGAAGCGCAUGCUGGCGUUGGCUUUGCAGGGCCACGCGCCAAAGGCGCUGAGCGCCCUCAGUGCUCACGAUGCUUUUGGGAGGCCGAAGGCGGGGAGAUCUGGGUCGUUGCCUACCUUGAGGACUGGCAGACGCAAGCCGCGGGCAGCCUCCUCGGCAGCCGCCGCCUUGGUUCUGGCUCAGGCGCUUGAGGCGCCGGGCCCGGUGCUCUUCCGUCUGCGGCUGACGUGUCCGGAGGAGUUGGAGCUCCCAGAGGUUGCGGUUUCUCUUGCGGAGGGCGAGGUGAAGGAAAGCAGCCCCCAGAGGUCUCCUGGCUGCAUGGAGGUCACCUACACCUUGCAGACGCCUCCCAAUGCCCAGCCCCAGGGCCUGCUACGCCUGGGUGGGUCUUGGGCGCCGAUAUGUUUCGCGGUACCACACGGCCGCAGCGCGGCUUAUGUGGGCCACCCAGGGCGGACGCGGUAUACGGCGCUGCUGACGGACAGCUGGGACUGGCGCAGCGCGCCGAAGCCUUCGGAGGGCUGGGCGGCGGACCUGGAGCUGGGCCGAGGGCAGUUGAACCUUCAGCUGCGGAGGGCCACUCAGGCGGAGGUGAAGCGCUGCUGCCAGCAGCAGGCCCUGAGGGAAGCGCUGGAGGGCAGCUACGACGAGCUCUUUGCGCAGGUGACCAAGGCUCGGCAGCAGGCGGUGGAGCUCGAGCACUUGGAGAAGGCGGAGGAGAAGCUCAAGGCCAUGCGGAAGCAGCGGCUGCAUGUCGCGCCGAACUGCAGCAAGGAGGAGCUGCGACAGCUGAUGGCUUGGGCUCGGGUGACACGGACCCCGGAGCCGGCUCCGCAAGCUUCGCUGUGCCCCACUGCGGGUUGCCCAUGCAACCAGAGCCUGGAUGGCGAAGUGCUGAGCAUCCAGCAUGAUGCCCUGAGCGACUUCGGCCCAGAGGCGGACAAGGAGAUGUUCGAGAUGCUGGUGGAGGCGGCAAUCAGCUCUGAGGAGGGCGCUGUGUGGCCGGCGGGGGGCAAGCUCAUCUUCUCCGCCUUCGACCGGAACCAGUCUGUGAACGCCCUCGUGCGCACGUUGGAGACCGCCGGCCAGCGGCGCUGCGCGGAGAUGCUGCUGGCGCUGGCAAAAGCCGCCGGCGAAAGCGCCGGGGGCUUUGUGUCGGCGGCGCAGGUGAAUUUCCACGUGGACGGGAGCUCCUUCCACGACCAGCACCGGGACGUCUACUCGGCGAAGCAGCGCGCGGGGCCCAACUGCGCCUGCUCCUUCAGGGAGUGCGUGGGCACACUGUGCUACUCGCUGGGCUCCAGCAGGCUCUGCCGGCUGCGCAGCAUGGUGGACGACUUGUCGUUUCUGCGGCCCUGCGGCGAGACGUGUCGGGGCUAUCAGGAGGACAGGUGGCUCCAUAGCGGGGAUGCCAUGUUCUUCAAUGCCCUGUGGAACCAGAACCACACCCAUGGCAUACCCAAGAUGCCCGGGGCUGGGCCCAGAAUAUCUGUGGCCUUCUUGCUGGGCGCGUCUUGACGCGCGUUGUCUGGCUAUCUGGCUGUGGCUCAAAUAAGUGUACCAAAAUGGC